GAGGGAGAGAGGUGGGCAGCAUUGAGGAACUGAGUUCAUACAAUACUACUGAGACAUCUACAGCUUAGCAGACAGAUACGGUGAACCGCCUAUCCCGGCUCCUGUAAGUGAUGCUGCACUGAGGCACACUUUGAUCCAACUCCAUUGGGGGGCGAUGCGCUCUCUGCAUCCCUCCUUCAAGAGUUUUUUUUGGGAGCGUGCACAACCUCGAAUCACUCAAAACAAGUGAUUAUAAAAUACAUUAGGUUCAAGCUUUCAGAUUUUCAUCAGAAGUCCUUUUUUUUGCGCUCUUGGAUUGAAGUUUUACGCACGAGUCAAGAAGCAUUUAAAGCACACGCGUAAGUUUGGUGCCAGCGAUAAGCUGCUAAAAAAAAAGAAGUAGGAAAUUCAAGACAGUAGGCUAGGGAUACAAAGUUAAUGUAAAACAAGAUUGGAUCAAUGCGUAUCACCGGCCGUGGGAUUUCGAGCCCAAGACACGAGGAAUUACAGCGUCCUUUUCAAACAAAGUUGAUCGCUGUGCAUUAUUUUUUUUCUCUUGCACAUGAGGACCAGUUGUUUUUUUUAGCGCAUGGAUAAGUUUUUGUAGUGGAUAACCAUUUUCUUCUACUUGCACUGCGUUUUGCUGCCGCUUCUGACGAGGAUCCUUUCCCCGACUUCAGUUAAAUUCAUGGCACUUCUUUUUUUGUAAAUCAGUGAUGUCUCCACGCGACGGUAUUCACGGUUGAUUUUUCAUCCUGUUCGAGCUGAAAAGAAUUGCUGCUGUAGAAGUGAAGCUCCCAUCCACUCUUGAGUAUGGACUUAGCAAGUCAGACUCAUGUGCUGGUGGUCUUGCUCACCUGUGUGGUCUUCCUAUGCCGGGCCCAGGAGAGGGACUACACGGUGAAGGAGGAGCAGCCGGAGAACGUCCGUAUCGGCAACCUCCGCAAGGACCUGGACCUCAACCUGGACCCCAACAUCCGGCUAUCCUCACCGCUGCAGUUCAAGCCUGUGUACAAGACAGGUGACGUGCCUUUGGUGAGGGUGGAGGCCAACACAGGGGAGAUCUUUACCACCAAUCACAGAAUCGACCGGGAGAAGCUGUGCUCAGGGGUCUUCGCUGAGAAACGCUGCUACUAUGAGAUUGAGGUGGCCGUGCUGCCAGAUGAAAUCUUCAGAUUGGUCAAGAUCCGCUUCCUGAUCGAGGAUGUAAAUGACAACGCACCACUUUUCCAGUCCACUGUAAUAAACAUCUCUAUCCCGGAGAACACGGCCAUCAACACCCGCUACCCGGUGCCCUCAGCAUUUGACCCUGAUGUUGGGAUCAAUGGGAUUCAACAUUAUGAACUGGUCAAGAGUGUCAGCGAGUUUGGCUUAGACAUCAUAGAGACUCCUGAAGGUGACAAGUGGCCGCAGCUUAUCGUUCAGCAGAACCUGGAUCGUGAGCAGAAGGACACCUUUGUCAUGAAGAUAAAGGUUGAGGAUGGUGGAAACCCUCCCAAGUCCAGCACUGCCAUCCUCCAAGUCACCAUCUCCGAUGUCAAUGACAAUCGUCCCGUCUUCAAGGACAGUGAGCUGGAGGUCACAGUGCCAGAGAAUGCCCCCACGGGGACAUCGGUUGCUCAGCUUCACGCUUCAGACGCAGACCUGGGUUCCAAUGCACAGAUCCACUUCGCCUUCAGCAACCAGAUCUCUGCCUCAACCAAACGUCACUUUGCCAUCGACAGCUCCACGGGACUGAUCACUGUGAGGCAGCCACUGGACAGGGAAGUAACUCCUGUUCACAAACUUAUUGUCCUUGCCAGUGAUGGCAGCUCUACCCCCUCCAGAGCCACAGUGGUUGUUAAUGUAACAGAUGUUAAUGACAAUGUUCCCUCCAUAGACACACGCUACAUUAUCAACCUGGUUAAUGGAACUGUUCUGCUGUCUGAGAAUGCACCUCUUAACACCAAAAUAGCACUCAUCACUGUUACUGACAAGGAUGCAGAUCUUUAUGGCAAAGUAGCUUGCUACACUGACCAUGAUGUUCCUUUUCGGUUGAAGCCUGUCUUUAAUGAUCAAUUCUUACUAGAGACAGCUGCCCCCCUAGAUUAUGAGACGACUCGAGAAUAUGCAAUUAAGAUAGUGGCUUCGGAUAGGGGGACGCCUCCUUUGAACACUUCAGCUAUGGUUUUAAUUAAAAUCAAGGAUGAGAACGACAACGCACCCAUCUUUCCCCAGCCGGAAAUCCAACUUUCCAUACCGGAGAACAAUGACCCCUCUACACAGUUAAUAAAAAUCAGCGCCACUGACGCAGACAGCGGACAUAAUGCUGAGAUUAUUUAUACUCUUGGCCCUGAUGCGCCUGACGGGUUUAACAUAGACAGACGGUCAGGAAUUCUCUCCGUUGGCAAACGACUGGACAGAGAGAAGCAAGAGAGGUACUCAUUCACUGUCAUAGCGAGGGACAAUGGCUCCGCUUCCCUGCAGAACAAUGUCACUGUCAGGCUAAUCGUCCAGGACCUUAAUGACAACAGCCCAGCUUUCACACAUCCUGAGUACAACUUCUAUGUGCCUGAGAACCUGCCUCUCUAUGGAACUGUGGGCUUAAUCACAGUGACGGAUGCAGAUGCGGGAGACAAUUCGAUUAUAACCCUGUCCGUUUUGAACGGGAAAGAUAAUUUCAUCAUCGACCCCCAAACUGGUGUGAUCAAGCCCAAUAUCACUUUUGAUAGGGAGCAGCAAAGCUCCUACACAUUUAUGGUCAAGGCAGUUGAUGCAGGGCAACCUCCAAGCUCCUCCUACGCCAAGGUCACUAUAAAUGUAGUCGAUGUGAACGACAAUCGCCCUGUGUUCGUCAUCCCAUCCUCCAAUUACUCAUAUGACCUAGUGCGAACCACCGUCACCCCUGGCGCAGUGGUUACCAGAGUAUUUGCCAUUGACAAUGACACAGGUAUGAAUGCUGAGCUGCAGUACAGCAUUAUCAGCAGCAUCAUCAUCACAUCUAGGGUCUCUCCUCGAGGUCUUUUUGCCAUCGACAAAACAACGGGUAACAUAACACUACAGGAGAAAGUAGUGGCAGCUGAUCAGGGGCUGCAUAGGCUGGUAGUCAAGGUCAAAGAUCUAGGUCAGCCUGAGUCAUUACAUGCUAUCGCACUUAUUCACUUGUUUGUCAAUGACACUGUGUCAAAUGCUACCUUUAUCCAAGAGCAGCUGCGAAAAAGUAUGGAGACACCCUUGGAUCGUAACAUAGGGGACAGUGAGGUAACACCUCAAGCCAAUGGAUAUGUAAUUGUUGUCAUAGCAAUCAUAGCAGGGACCAUGACUGUCAUCUUGGUGAUAUUUGUGACUGCCUUGGUGCGCUGCCGACAGACACCCAGACACAAAGUGGUACAGAAGGGCAAGCAGAGUGGCGAGUGGGUGUCACCCAACCAAGACAACCGUCAGAUCAAGAAGAAGAAGAAGAGAAAGAAGCGAUCCCCCAAGAGCCUCCUCUUGAACUUUGUGACCAUUGAUGAAUCCAAGCCUGACGACCCCAGCCAUGAGCAUGUUAAUGGUACACUGGAUCUCCCUGUGGAGUUGGAGGAGCAAACCAUGGGGAAGUACAACUGGGCUACAACACCCACCACCUUCAAACCCGACAGCCCAGAUUUGGCCAAGCAUUACAAGUCCGCGUCCCCUCAGCCUACAUUUCAAAUCAAACCGGAGACUCCAGUGGCCCCAAAGAAACAUCAUGUGAUCCAGGAGCUCCCCUUGGACAACACGUUCGUGGUGGGCUGUGACUCACUCUCCAAGUGCUCAUCGACUAGCUCCGACCCGUACAGUGUCUCAGAGUGCAGCUGUCAGGGGGGAUUCAAGACUGCGGGGCAAAUCACCACCCGACAGAACCUGAGCCAGACACCGGAGAACUGUUUUAACUCACCGCCCCCCAUUUGUCCUCAUAAGGAGGCCUGUCAACUUGGCAAGAUAACUUCUGUGAAUACCCAGCGCCGCGUGACAUUCCAUCUUCCAGACGGUUCCCAGGAGAGCUGCAGUGACAGCGGGCUGGGAGACCCGGAGCCAAGCAGCACGGCCAGCACCACCCAGCCUCUUCCCCUCAGCUUCCCCCAGGAGGAGUACUAUGAGCAAACAUCACCUAACAGCCGCACCGAGGGAGAUGGAAACUCAGACCCUGAAUCUACCAUCGAGGUGAACCUACAGAAAGCCUUGGCUGAGGCCUCUGAGACCUGUACCCAGGAGUGUCUGAUACUGGGCCACUCCGACAGCUGCUGGAUGCCCCCGGCCCUGGCCCAGUUCCAGGGUCCUGGCAUAAACAGCCCCACCUCCACCCCUAUCACCACCGCCAUCACCGGUACAAUGCCCUCCUUUGGCUUCCAGCAGAGCUGCGCCCGGGGAGCCAAAGUUAACAUGAUCAGCAUGGGGGUCAUGGAUGGUCGCCAUACCCUGGGCAGGUCUGUGCCCAAAAAAGAUGAACUGGACAAAGGGAUCAACCGGCCGCAGUUCUACAACACCCUGGAUAGACACUGCAGUAAGAAGGAGGACACCAUCAAAGUCAUCCCCCUGGCGAGCUUCUCCUCCCCCGGGCAGCAGACGCCCACCGGCGGGGGCAGCAGCUCUUUCUUACAUGAGCACCAGUUGUAAGAGUAACAGACAGACCUUCAUCGCCCUGACAUACAUGUGACUCUAUCCAUAGACGGCUUGUUGUCAGUGACUUUAUGAUCAGUAUGUAUGCGUACGCGUGGAGGUAUGCAUCAUUUUAAUAACUUUGACCAGCUCCAGCUCAGUUUUACUAAUGAAGACAUCUGAGAAUGGAUACGAUCAUGAUGAUGUUGUUCAGACAAAUCACGUGGGAUCAGUCUGACAGCUAAAGAAGUUGAAAAUAAAUGUCUUAAAGUCUUAAAAUAGCAGGCCAAUGUAUAAUCAAUAAAGGUAGUUCUAUACCAAAGUAGUUCCAUCAUAGAAAAAAAUAAAUUUUGCUUUCAGUUCGGUGAUGUUUGCUUAGUGAUAAGAUAGGGCAAUGUACGCUUUAAGCCCUUUGAGCCCAGCUUAGUGAAACUGUGUCCUAAAAAAAUAUAUUUCUUUGUGCAGAAACACUUGCAAAUACAGUACUUUGUGUUGAGUGAGCUAAAUUGGGCUAAAUGUUAAUUAUGAGCUCUGAGUGGAUGGCGUUUCUGUUCAAGUUCUAGUGAAGUAUUGCUCUGUAUAACACGCAGCACAAACUCCUUUGGUGGUGGAAGAUGUUUCUUUUGUCUUGCCUGAACAUGUUUCAGGAGUCUAUUUUGGUCAGGGGACUGCAGAAGGAUAAAAAAAAGUCUACAAAGCAUAUCUAGGCCAAUGGUAGACAACACCAGUAAUCUUUUGCAUACUACAUUUUCACCGUGGACCAGCACACAAAAUAUAACAUAAAAAAAUACCUUCAGAUACUCACACUUACCCAAGAUGUUUUCCAUACGGUGGUUUCUACAUCUCUGCCAACUCUAUUAAGAAAACGUUCACUUCUUGCAUCAUCUCAGCAGCUUAACCUUGAAAGGCGCAGACAGAUGUGCUUUGGAAACGUACCAUUUUGUUCCUUCUCUUUGUUUCUAUUUCUCACAUAUUGCUGCUCAGAACGACUCAGAUACAAUAAUAACAGUUAUGGAGCCAAUUAUGAAAUUCUCGCUGUAAUUAUUAUGAUGUGUGAUCUCAGAAGCGACCCUCAUUGUUGUUAAGAGAUCUGGAAUGGUUCUCUUGGCUACUGAGAAACAUGCUCUGCCUGUGCGGAGGCAAUGAAAAGGCAAGUGCUGAGAAAAUACAGCUUGAAACGUGCCCUCUCUUCCCACCAUAUCAUUAAUAACACCUUUUGUUCUUGCUAUUAAUUACUAGUGUUUGUUUUUAGAACUCAAUUUGGCUGCAAAGUUUCUUUUAUCAGUUUACACUGUGUGUUGACACUGGAACAAUAGACCAGGGUGCAUUUCUUCAAGGCCCCUAGUCUAACUGAAUUAUUGAUGUUAAUGUUAUUUUUUGCAGUUAUCACAAAGAGAGGCAUUGGCAGUAUUUGAAAGGACCUCCAUGCAGGCUGCCCCUCACCCUCAUCAUACAUACACUGCAUCACCGCCUGUGUGUGUAAAUUGUACUGAUGAUGAUAACUACUUCAGACUAACUCGCUGCUGUAUUGGGUGCAGUGUAAUCUAUUACUACAGAAAUAAGUGACUUUGCUGAUAUCCAUUUUUUGUUUCUAGUAACAUCAGGUAUAUGAUUCAUGCGAUUCAUUUUCUCGUACCAUCUUGCAAAUUGGGUACAGGCCUGAACCGAUAAUGCAAAGUGGCAUUCUCGAGGCGCAAGGCAAAUUGUGUUUGCAUGCUCUUAGCUGCCACACCUAUUCUCUCUUAUUCGUGGGGUCAAAUCAAAUCAAAUCAAAUCAAAUCAAAUUUAUUUGUAUAGCCCAAUAUCAUAAAUUAUACAUUUGUCUCAGUGUGACUCUUAACAUUAUAAAGAGGAUUUAUCAGAGAGUCAGUGAAAUGAUCACUUAAAGGAACAGUGUGUCAAGGACGCGGAAAAAGGAGCAAUUCAAUUUCACCUCAGUCAAUUACAAAAAUUAAUUUAAUUCAAAACAAGCGACAAACAUCCGUUGAUGAAAAUGUUGCACUUUGGAAUUCCAAUUUCAGCUCAUUUACUAUUACUUUUUCCCCCUUAUAUCACUUUUCAUCUCAUUUCACUGUUAUAGUACAUACAUAUAUCUCCGACUGGUAUAAACAAUACAUAUUUAAUCAAAAGGAACACAUAUGAAAGGGAACAUAAAUCAGUGUGUCACUGAAUUGGAAUUGUAUCACUCUGACAAAUGCAAAUCCAACGCAUAUUUUUUUUUUCAUCCAAAAGUUGCCUCUAAAAAGUAUUUUCAGUCUCUGUUUACAAUUAUGUGAAUAAGUAGGGCAAAGAAAUUCCUGGUUGGAUCUUUUCAACGGAAAUAAAUCCGAAAAAAACAACAAAUAUGUUUUCAAGAAACGUUGCCAUUCAUUAACAAUAGAAGUGCAGACAUUGUCUGCUUUUGGAGUGUUUAUAAAUAUGACCCAGGGAAUUGUGCCCUUCCUCAUAGCAUAGAGGGAGAGAAUGUCCAUGAAAUAUAUACGAGAUAAUACACUGUCACACUGUAAUAAAAAUGUGAUUGUUUGAAAUUAUUAAUCCAAUCACAUGUGUACAGUAAGCACCAUGUCACCUACCUGUAACCCUCACUGUGUUUUAACUUACUCUGCCUACAUAACUCCUGUGUGUUGUAAUGUUGCAGCAGCUACAUUAACUGAAAGACAACUUCUAGAGGGAAUAGUAUAAAAACUGCAUGAAUGUACAUGUGUAGGAUGUUGCUUUUGAUACCAACAUGACUUUUUUUGUCUACUGCAGUCCUAUUUUGUUUUUACCAUAUAACCUUCUAGAGGUAAAAGUACCUGUGCUUUAUUUAUUUAUUUUUCAAACAAAGAGCAUAACAUAUGAAUGUGCAUUUGUUUUUCUGGGAUGAUGCUCCCCCGAGAGUAAGUAAUGUCGCUCUGUGUCAAAGGUUUUCAUCUUUCACAA